GACAACGAAAGUAAAGCAAAACCGAAGGCUGAGCGAAGACCGUUCGAUUCUCUCUCGCUCUGUCUUCUCUCUCUUCUUUCAAUUCGUUCGAGUCUCUGCAAUCUGCAUCGUCUUCUUCGUUUCUCUACCUCUGAGACCUUUGUAGAAAGAGAUAGAGAGAGAGAGAGAGAGAGAGAGAGAGAGAGAGAGAGAGAGAGAGAGAGAGGAAGGAAGUUUACCUGAAGAGAGAAGAGGGAUUAGCGAUGAUAACAAGAUCGAAUCUUGCAGAGCAGCUGAGAGAGUAUCAAAUUCGAUCCAAACACGACUGGGCCUCCGUCUCCUUCUUCUCCUCCACCUCUAAUCUCACUUCUUCAAGGGUAGAUGUUGUAAUCUUUGUAAUAUGGGAGCUGGUGAUUCUAGCUUUCUUGGUAUUUUCUACUGUUUCUUUAUACUUUAGGCAAAUACGUCUCGCAUUUAUCUUGGUGUGCAUCACAAUGCUUUUACUCUUGUGCAUGAAAGUCACGAAGCAAGUGAGAUUGGCGAGAAAAAAGAAACGAAGAAUGCUUCUUCCCUUGUCUAUGUAAUACUAGUUCAAGUCAUACGUAUCCCAUUUUGAUGUGUAAAUCACGAGAAUUCUUGGCUAUUGGAUUUCCCCUUGUCCCUCUUUCAUUUAUAUGAAUCUGUAAUCACACCUACCGAAUCGAUAUGAAUUCUUCAGAAGAUGCUGAAGGAAAAGUUUGUUCUUAUCAUUGAAGAUAGGUGUUAUGUUGGAUUUUUUUA